GUCUAGCUUGAGAGUCGAGGCUCGCCGACGUCUCCGUCCGACUCGAUACUUCGAGCUAGUUUCGACAUCGGAACAACUGUUUUCGACGCAGCAGCGCAAAUAAAGUGCGCAGGCAGUGCAAACGAUUAUUACGUUAGCAGGCCGCAGAAAAGUGAUGUAAAUAAUACAUAAAACUCCCAGCAUUGUAAACAAAGACUAUCCUGUACUUAUGACUUUAUUAUUUGUAAAAAUAAUCGUGUCUGAGACUUAAAUUACUGUAAAUAAACCAGUGAGUAACUACGACACAAGUGAUAAUUGACUUUUAACAUAUAAAAUGAUUCUGUGAUUUGUCAAUUAUAAACAAGACUUUAUUUUGAAAAGGGACAUUUGUUUUUUGGAGAUUCAUAAAUCAAGGGUCUCCGAAAAUUGGAUGAACUUAAAGACGGUGGCGGUCGGUAGGAGAGAGCGCGCGGCGCGGGUGACGAGCGCUCGCGGGAGGUGACCGCCGCCGCUCAUGUGGGCGGGCGCGUGCUGCUCGCGCCAGGCAGGGCAGGUCCGGGGCGAGGUUGAUGCGACGUGUGUUGGUAGCUGUACACUGAUGCGUGACGUCACCAGCCGCGGCGUGGCAGGCGGGGCGAAGCCGGUGAAGACCUUCCAGGCGUACCUGCCGGCUCAUAGGACCUAUAGCUGCAUACACUGCCGCGCGCACCUCGCCAGCCACGACGAACUCAUAUCGAAGUCGUUCCAAGGCAGUCAGGGGCGCGCGUAUCUUUUCAAUUCAGUUGUGAACGUCGGGUGCGGUCAGGCCGAGGAGCGCGUACUGUUGACGGGACUGCACGCCGUCGCUGACAUCUACUGCGAGUGUUGCAAGACCAUGCUGGGCUGGAAAUAUGAAUACGCUUUCGAAUCGAGUCAGAAAUACAAAGAGGGCAAGUUCAUAAUAGAACUGGCUCAUAUGGUAAAAGAGAACGGUUGGGACUGAGCGCGUACGGCGCGCGGACUAUAGUGCUGUGGAACGGACUGUCAAUUAACAGGAUAUCGAUAGGCGGUGCGGUGUGAACUAUCGAUAUGUCGAUAUGAGCCGCCGGCGGCGCGAGCCCUCGUGAUGACGUCACCGGCGACCCCGUCUAACACCGAACACGACUAGCCGCGAAUAUUCAAGCAUCGCAAGAGAUUAUUUUUGUCAAAACGUGAAUUAUUAUUGGGAUAGAUGUCUGAAUACUCGCGGGUAGUCGUUCGCUGUUAGACGUCAUCGUAUCUUUACGUCGCUGCAGCGCUUCAGCACUAGCGUGUUAAAUUUGUUUAAGUAAACGAUCUCAGCCGCCCAGCGGUGGGCAGCGGGCUUACAUUACGUUUAGUUAUCGGAUAUGUUUUUCGUCGCUCUAGCGGGCUGUAUCUUAAGUUGUAUUAGUUUUAUGUUUACAUGACUACUGUAUUGAGAGAACACUAAUACUUUCUCUUGUCCCCUUAACCUGUGAUAAGUAUAUUAGAAUAGAUUUUGAAUUUCUAGAUGGAUUUUUUUGUCAUGGAUUGCUCAGAGAUGUCCCUACGUUCCUAGUGACUUCUGUAAAACGUUCUUUCAUUAUUAUUAUGUUCGAGGUGACUAGUCGAAACAACUUUUAUGGACAUUUUAAUAUGAUUUGCGCAAGAAAUCUUUUAAUUUUUAGUUACGUCGAUUGGACUAUACCUCUUCUUCGGUUAUUUCUAUGAGGUUAUAUUUAUGUUAAGAACUUAACAAACAUGUAUGCAAUCGAGAACGGAAUCGAUGGUAACUUUUAUACGCCGACGGUUCGGAGCAUGUUUUAUUAUUCAUUUAUUGUUUCCAUUUAAAUGUAAUUACUAGAUACAUUUAACCCCAUAUAAAUAUUCAUUUAUAAUGUUAUCUGUAAGUAAAUGCAUGAGCUUUCGAUGAUCUAUCGAUAUUGGAACUGUUAUCUAUCACGUGCCUUUUAACGGCGACGUAACUACAACGACACGAUUCAACAAAACAAAUAAGGACAUUAACAGAACGCUUAAGAACGAACCGAUCGCGUCCUAGCACCGUUCAAGCUUUAUACCGACUACGACUUCACAACAUUAUUAGAAAUCUUAUUAAAGAUCUUAAUAAUAGUGCUGAAAUUAGGCACAGAUUACAUAAGCGGCAACUUGGUUUUUUUUUUUAAUUAAUAAAAGGAGGUUGUAUGCACUUUUAUAUACAUCAAUAUAUUUUAUUAGGUUCCUGUCAGUUACGAAUAGCAAUUACUGAAAUUUGAGACUGAUUGUAUAAUAUCUUAUAAAUGUAAAGGAGUUAAAAAAUAUAUAAAAAUAAACACGCCAUCCGUGAAGUUUUGUAGUUUGGAGAAAAAGCGUAGUCGGAUAGCUUGAACUGAUUGUAUCGAUUUAAUUCAAUUGAUGCGAUUAUAAUAUUAAUUGAAUUAGUUUGAUAUAAAAGUAUAACAAAUACAUUCAAUAUAAACCUAUGCCAUCGUACUAUCAGAGCGUUGAAACUGCCACUAGACUUAUAAAUAUUAAUAUACAUUAUAUAAUAAAUAAAUGAAUGUAAGUAACGCUCUUUUGACGAUAAAUUAUUUGUACAAUAAGUAUUUUAAAUGGCUACAGUAAGUGUCUGGUUAUGUCGAAGCAUUAUAAAAGAUGUCUAUAAAAAUACAAAGCAGAUGUUUGUGUUUUUAUAAUGAGACGAAAUAGCGACAUUUUUAAAUUUAAUCCUUCCGACAAACAAAUCUGUUGCGGGCCUAAGAACUAUCUGAUAUGUAAAAUUUUAACGGCUCAGUCUGGCUUUAAUAGUAAGUGUUAUAUAAUGAACGCGCUUGUUUUGUGAUGUUCCCAUGCCGUUUGAUGCCGUUUGAUGCCGUUCGAUGACGUCACCUGUGCUUUUCUUUACAUCACGAAAAGCACUCGUUGAAACGAUACUUGUUAUAACGGUUAUUCGUUAUGACACCGCUUUUAGACGCUACAAAACUAUUGGUGUUCAAUAUGGUAAAUGUAUUUUUGUGAUAAAUGAGAUCAGAUACGUCUUUUUGAUUAGUUCUAAGGUUACAUUGUAAACGCAUUGCAAUAUUCACAUGUCUGUCUUGUGUUGUAUCUGUUAAUGUAUAGAUAAUUGAUACGAGUACAUAUGCAUACUGUUGCAUGGAAAUUGAAACAGACCUAGUUAUACGUUUAGAAGAAAUAUAUUUAUCGAUAUCAUGGUUCAUCGACUUUGUACUAUCACUAUUCAAGCUGCCAUAACAAAGUACAAUUUACGAUCUGUCGACAAUUUCCAUGAAUAUUAUGCAGUUACUAAUCGAACUUAUUCAGAUUGUCACAGUAGUAUGUAAUUAACACUCUUAGACCUAAAGUAUUUUGAUCUUCGCCGUUCGACACAAAAAAAAAUAUCAUUGAUGUUAAUAAAAGUGAGAAAUUAAAAAAAAGAUAUCUGUGUGAUGCAUAAAGUAUUUUUCUACUCAGUCGUUUAGAAAUGCUAUUAGAUAUUUUUGGACCAUUAUUAAGAUUGCGAUCAUCUAGGAUGUGGAAAUUGUUAGUUUUUGUGCAUGUUGGCCGUUCCGGUUGUUGAUGUGAUAAGAGUUUGGAAGCCUCAACCAGCCGUUAAUUAUAUACCCUUAGUGUCCAAACCCGAGCGGUAUUUCCCAAAGGCUUACGAGUAUAUCAUAUCACGGACAUCACUCAUCGACAUUUGUACGACACACGCAACAAUCAUUCGUAUACAUUCAGUAUCGUUCAUACCUGUCAACUCACCGAUCAAUCAUUCGCAUUUUUUAUACUUACAAUCAUUCAUAUUUUCAUUCAUUCAUUCAUUCAUUCGUUCAGUACUCGCCUUCGUGGAAUACCUUAUAUAUUAUAUUUGUUAACAAGCCGCUUAAUAUUUUUGUAUUUUCCUAGUUCUUAACGAGACAUUAUCAAACUACGUGGUGUCUUAACGAUGUAUGCAUUAUGCUAUAGAUGAGUAUUUCGUAAACAUUUGGUUGAAAUAAUAAGUGCGUAAUAAAACACUUUUUCGUAUUAAAAAAACAA